AGCGCGCCGGUGAUCGCCCGGUCGCCACGGACUCGUCCCACUCCUGAAGACGCGUUGGCCAGCGGGUGCCGAAACGACGCCGAGAGGAAGGGACAGGAGUGGCCUUUGAUGCAUGCACCUGCAGCUGCUGGAUGCGGACCCCAGGAGCCGCCGGGCGGGCGGUUCCCCGCCGGCCAUGAGCGUGCCCGGCGCCGGGCACUGCCGCCUGACGACGCAGACGUCGACGCCGUCGCGCCAUCACGCCGACUGGGACAUCAACGACACCAGCAUCCCCAGGGUGAGCGAGUUCGACCGGUGGCAGGAGUGGGCGGACGGCCACUGCCGGCUGGUGUACCCGGCGUCCAGCGAGGAGGCCAAGCGGCACGCGUCCGGCUGGGCCAUGCGCAACACCAACAACCACAACGUGCACAUCCUCAAGAAGUCCUGCCUGGGCGUGCUCGUCUGCUCGCUGCGCUGCGUGCUGCCGCACGGCGACAAGGUGCACCUGCGGCCCGCCAUCUGCGACAAGGCGCGCAAGAAGCAGCAAGGCAAGCCGUGCCCGAACCGGCAGUGCUCGGGGCGGCUGGAGAUCCUGGCGUGCCGCGGCCACUGCGGCUACCCCGUGACGCACUUCUGGCGACACACGGAGCACGCCAUCUUCUUCCAGGCCAAGGGCGUGCACGACCACCCGCGGCCCGAGGCCAAGUCCGCGUCGGAGGCGCGCCGCAGCCUGGGCGCCGGGCGCCGCGUGCGCGGGCUCGCCGUGCUCCUGGCCAGGGACGCCGCUCUGGGCUCCAAGCUGCUGUCCCUGCGUGAGAACAAGAGGCCGGCAGACGGUAGCUGCGACAGCAGCCCCCGGAACAGCCUCUGCGCGCUGGAGCCGCCCCCGCCGCUCAUCUCGGACACCGAGAAAGGUUUUUCCUGUUCCUGUCCUCCGUUUGAGUGCGUCUGCACACGGCAGACAGCGGGCCCGCAGGGCAGCUUCUACACUGGCUCCCAGUACCAAGGCACUGUGGCACACACGGACUGGCUGCAGGAGCACCUGCACCAGAUGGGGGCUCUGCCAGUGCACGAAGAACCACCCCCAGUGCCGCCCUCCUUCUUCGGCCUGCCGGCCGAGGACAGCAGCGGUGCCAUCCAGUCGCACCACCACCAGCAACCUCAGUACGACUUCACUGCCGCCGCCGGGGACCUCUUCCAGCCGGACGAGAUCUUCCAGUUGGACCAGCCAUUGCGGACUCCAGACUACGGCGCCCUGUUGCACCAGCAGCAGCAACCGCCACACCCCCACCACCAGCACCACAGCCACGAAGACCUGCUGGAGCAGGGCCGGAGUGGCAGCGAGGCAGCACACUCGCCCCCCAUGUUGCUGGACUUGGGAAGUGGCGUCGUCAAGUCUGAGCCAGCACCAGAGCCCUACUGGCUGGUGACGCAGCCGCAGCCGGCGCAGCACCACAUCACCGCCGCCGAUGAGAGUGACAGCUGCUCCAGCAGGUUCGCCGCCUGCUCCCCAGACAGUGGUGCGCCCAUCACCACCGGCGUGGACGACUCGGUGGGCAAUGACGGCCUCGGCUUCGGCGACCCCUCCUUGCGGAUGCAGUGUGCUGAGGGUUUGCAGAGCGUCCCCUGCACCACGCCAGACUUGCAACCGGAUUUGGCAGCCUCAAAUAAGAACGACGUCGACUGCGUGCCAGUGCUCCCCUAUGGUCUCGAAGACGGCAGGGAUAAGAUGCAGGUGGCAAACGGACAGUCCAGUUCUGUGCACAACGUCCAGGGCAUGGUCUACUAUGACGCGAGGGACGCUUUCCAGCACCACGAUGAGGGCCUACACGAGUUCCAUUCCUACAGUUCGAGCAGCGAACACCUGUACAAAGGACGCCCCCAAGACCAGUCUGACCGAGUCACGUGUGAUGCGAGUAAUGACCUCCUCAAGAACUACCGGUAUCCCACUGGUGACUCCACGUUCGACCCACGACUGCAGACCAGGGAUCUGAUUACCCCGGGUUUCGCCACAAACUGUUCCUCUGGUGUAGCCAUGGGUGACGAGAACGUUCACUGCCCAAUCGUCGAUUACCCACUCAACAGUGUUGUCGGGAUGUAUUGCACAGAUGGUGACAUUGAAAUGCAGGACAGGAGAAACACUGCGAGUGGUGAUAGCCUGAGAAUGAUGUGUGUGAACGCUUCUGAUGACCCCAUGCACGAGUUCCGAAUAAACUGCUCCUUACCCAGUGACGGCUUCCACUCACCUCCACACUUCCACGGCAGUCCUCACUUCCAGCACGUAGCAAACCACUGAUGUCCAGAGCGAACGUUUGCACGUGGCGUUUUAUUGACUGGCUCACUUUUGUUUUACAAAGUUGCUGUUACAGAUUACUUCUGAAGCUUCAUGUUUGUACAUAGAAUAAAUGCUAUAUUAGCAAUUCUA